UCAUGAUUUAAUUUCUCUCUCUCCCUCUAUUCACCUUUCCGUUCUCUCUCUUCGUGCAUUCCACUCCACCUCCAUUAUCACACCAUCUACACAUUCUGAUUCCAUCUCGCUUCCAUUAAUGUACACACUUCGCUAACCCUAAUUUUCAUCAUAAUUCCUAAUUUAUCUUCACAAUUUCCCUUUUUUUGUGGUCGAUAAAAUGCAGUCGAAAUUGGAUUUUGUCCUAUCCACUGCAAAAUUACAAGAUUUUAAUCUCAACUUUCGCGAUCAGAUCUAGUGUCAUUGAAUCAGAGAUUCACGAUUAAAGUUCUGCAUGUUUUAACCUUCUCAUUUUUCAAUGAAUUCAAAUUCUUCGAGUUCAGUGCCCAGAACAACUUGUUGUUAUUGAAUUUUAAUUCAAGGACAAAUCUUUCACACGAGGGUGCUUCUUCAUUUUCCCAUUAUCGAGGCGAGUGUUAAGAGUUUUGGAUCCACUCUUGAUCUCUACCUCAUUUCGUUGAGUGCAUUCUCAGUUCUGCUGCAUCUGGAUAAGGUGAAAAGUGGAGAGCUAGGUUGAUGAUGGUGGAUCAAUUGUUGGGUAAUAUUGUCUAAAUUUUGAGGGAAGAGGUUAUGCAAUGUUUGGUUUGAUGGGCGGCCUAAAUUUUCCAGCUCUUUUUUAGUUCUUGAAUGGGGUAGAAAGGGGUGGAAGAAGAAAAAGAGGACUUUGAAUAUUGACUUGGAUCAUAUCUGUUUUUAGCUUUUAGAGCUGGUGAAAGAUAUGAUUUUUGGUUUCUCCAAUGUGGAGAAAUCUUAAUGAUCUCUGGUAGCGAGCCAUUGCUUAAAUUACUUGAGCCUUCUUCGAAUGUAGUGUCCAUACGUCAAGCUACUCUUAGAAACUUGAUUUCUCUGUGUGCAUAUGCCUCGUUCUCCUCUUUGGACACAAGGCAGAGUCUGACCUUUUUUGACGUGAUACCACUGUGGUUAUUGACAAUAGUUUUGCAAAGUGGGUUGUCAAGAGGCCCUCCAUAACUGGCUUUAGAAAUAAGAGUUUUUAUUCCAUUAGCUUUCACUUCACACACGUUGUGUCGUGGGGGGAAUGGAACAAUUAGCUCAUCCAACAAGCUUUGAGAUUUCGGGCACUACUUCGAGGAUGCAGGAAAAAAUAAAGAAAUCCCAGCCACUUUCUUAUAAUAAAGGGGGUCAGUUGGAAGAUAAUAUAUUUCGGAAUCAAAGUCCAAGAUUAGUUUAUAUUGAUGAUCCAAAAAGAACCAAUGAUAAGUAUGAGUUUACAAGUAAUGAGAUCCGUACAAGCAAAUAUACAUUGUUCAAUUUCUUGCCCAAAAAUCUUUUCAUCCAGUUUCACCGGAUUGCUUAUCUGUAUUUCCUAGCCAUAGCUGCUCUUAAUCAGCUUCCUCCGCUUGCAGUCUUUGGAAGGACAGUGUCUCUCUUUCCCCUCCUGUUUGUGCUUAGUGUAACUGCUGUAAAAGAUGGUUAUGAAGACUGGCGGAGACACAGGUCGGACAAGAAAGAAAAUAAUAGGGAAGCUCUGGUGCUUAAAUCGGGAGCUUUUGUGACAAAGAAGUGGAAAGAUAUAGAGGCUGGUGAGAUUGUGAAGAUAUAUGCUAAUGAGACAAUCCCUUGUGAUAUGGUGUUACUUGGAACAAGUGACCCUAGUGGUAUUGCCUACAUCCAGACAAUGAAUUUGGAUGGUGAGUCUAACUUGAAGACCAGGUAUGCAAGACAAGAAACAGCAUCAUUUGUUGCAGAAGGAGGGACAGUUUCAGGGCUGGUCAGAUGUGAACAGCCAAACAGGAAUAUUUAUGAGUUUACUGCCAAUAUGGAGUUCAAAGGGCAUAAGAUUCCCCUCAGUCAAUCAAACAUCAUUUUGCGUGGCUGUCAGCUUAAAAACACAGAAUGGGUGGUUGGUGUCGUUGUGUAUACUGGUCAGGAAACUAAAGCAAUGUUGAAUAGUGCUGCCUCCCCUGCAAAGAGAAGCAAAUUGGAAAGUCAUAUGAACAAAGAAACCCUAUGGUUGUCUGUUUUUCUUCUUAUUAUGUGUUCAGUUGUGGCUCUUGGAAUGGGCCUCUGGCUUCAACGCCACAAGGAGCAGCUUGACACUUUACCUUACUACCGGAAAAGAUAUUCUUCAACCGGAAGAAAGGAGGGAAAAACUUACAAAUAUUACGGGAUUGCUAUGGAAACUUUCUUUGCUUUCUUGAGUUCCAUUAUAGUCUUUCAGAUAAUGAUACCGAUCUCACUUUAUAUUACAAUGGAAUUGGUUAGGUUAGGACAGUCAUAUUUUAUGAUAGGAGACAAGCAUAUGUAUGAUAGCAGUACUUACUCACGAUUCCAGUGUAGAUCUUUAAACAUAAAUGAGGACUUGGGUCAGAUACGUUAUAUAUUUUCAGACAAGACUGGGACACUUACUCAAAACAGAAUGCAAUUUAGGACUGCUAGCAUUUAUGGCAAAAUGUACGGGACAUUAUCGUCUUCUCAUGCUCCUUCACAAGGCCAAAGCCUUCCAGGAGCCUCUAAAGUAACAUAUCUUCCUAAAAAGAGAUGGAAACUGAAAUCUGAAGUUGAUGUUGAUUUUGAACUUGUCAAUUUGUUGCAUAAUGGAUCAGAAGGAAAUGUAAAAAAUGUAGCUCAUGAGUUCUUUUUGACAUUGGCUGCAUGUAACACGGUCAUUCCCAUAUUCAAUCAAGAUGCUUCUUCAAGGAGUCAUGUUGAAUUAGAUCCAGAAGCAAUUGAUUAUCAGGGUGAAUCUCCUGAUGAACUAGCACUUGUUGCUGCUGCAUCUGCUUAUGGAUAUACCCUUUUUGAGCGCACUUCUGGGCACAUUGUGAUUGAUGUUGAUGGGGAGGAGCUCAGGUUGGAUGUACUGGGUUUGCAUGAAUUUGAUAGUGUACGGAAAAGGAUGUCUGUUGUGAUUCGAUUUCCUGACAACUCCGUCAAAGUAUUAGUAAAAGGUGCUGAUACUUCUAUGCUCUCUAUUUUGGCCGAAGGAGUGGAUGAGGAAGAAUAUGUCCGAACUGCAACUCUAGCUCAUCUUGUUGAUUAUUCAUCAAUUGGUUUGCGCACUUUGGUUGUGGCUGUGCGAGAACUGACAGAUUUGGAACUUGAGGAGUGGCAACAGAAGUAUGAAGACGCUAGUACGGCUUUGACUGACAGAUCAGCUAAAUUGCGUCAAACAGCAUCUUUGAUUGAACGUGACUUGAGAUUACUUGGAGCGACUGGUAUUGAGGAUAAAUUACAAGAUGGUGUACCUGAAGCGAUCGAGUCGCUUAGGCAGGCUGGAAUUAAGGUGUGGGUUUUGACUGGAGACAAGCAAGAGACUGCAAUCUCCAUUGGGCUCUCCUGCAGAUUGUUGACUGCUGAUAUGCAGCAGAUCAUUAUUAAUGGGACAUCAGAGCAGGAUUGCAGAAGCCUGCUAGCUGAAGCAAAGUCCAAGUACUUUGUCACAUCAGCAUGUGGGGAUCAAAGCUUGAAAAGGAAAAGUGACUCUAUAGAUGGUUAUCUUGAGAUCCCAGUUGAUUCAAGGAGCUUAGAUACUGUGUCAUGGAGCCCAAGAAAGGAGGAUGAAUUGAAUAGUUCUUCGUUGGCACUGAUUAUUGAUGGGAAUAGUUUGGUCUACAUUCUUGAGAAAGAUCUUGAGUCGCAGCUUUUUGAUCUUGCAACUUCUUGUCAAGUUGUGCUUUGCUGCCGUGUUGCACCCUUGCAGAAGGCUGGGAUUGUUGACUUAAUCAAGAGUCGCACUGAUGAUUUGACCUUGGCUAUUGGUGAUGGUGCGAAUGAUGUAUCAAUGAUUCAAAUGGCGGAUGUUGGGGUUGGAAUAUGUGGUCAGGAAGGACGUCAGGCAGUGAUGGCAUCUGAUUUUGCUAUGGGACAAUUUCAAUUUUUAAAAAGAUUACUAUUGGUGCAUGGACAUUGGAAUUAUCAUCGUGUUGGUUAUCUGGUUCUCUACAACUUCUACAGAAAUGCAGUUUUUGUACUUAUGCUGUUUUGGUAUAUUUUAUGCACUGCUUUUUCAACAACUCAGGCAUUGACUGAUUGGAGCAGUGUCUUUUAUUCUGUUAUUUACACUUCCGUGCCUACGAUUGUCGUUGGAAUUCUAGACAAAGACUUGAGUCAUAGGACAUUGCUCGAGCAUCCAAAGCUUUAUGGUGCUGGGCACAGACACGAGAGCUAUAAUUUGCAGCUUUUUUGGAUUACAAUGCUGGAUACCUUAUGGCAAAGUCUUGUUCUUUUCUAUAUCCCUCUGUAUACUUAUUUUGAGAGCACCCUUGAUAUCUGGAGUUUGGGCAGUUUGUGGACUAUCUCUGUUGUAAUUCUUGUGAAUAUACACUUGGCGAUGGAUAUUCAGCGCUGGGUUUCUAUCACUCAUGCUGCUGUUUGGGGAUCAAUUAUCAUUACUUGUGUGUGUAUGGUGGUUUUGGAUUCUAUUCCCAUUUUUCCGAAUUACUGGACCAUUUAUCACCUUGCACUGACGCCAACCUAUUGGCUAACUAUUGCUUUAAUAAUAACUGUUGGAUUGCUUCCUCGCUUUCUUUGCAAGGUUGUGUAUCAAAUGUUUUGGCCUUCGGACAUUCAGAUAGCUAGGGAAGCUGAGAAAAUGAGCAAGCUGAAAAAGUUGGAUGCAAGAACAGAUGCCAGCUGAUGAGAUGAUGCACACAUGCUGAGGAUUAGUUUUGAGACUAUGACUACUGAUUGUGCACCAUUUUAAUCUACAGCCCUCGGCCCUCAAGUUUCACUAGUAUAUAUCUGGCUUUACUGUGCUUGCUUGUGAAUCACUUCAUCAACAUUGCACUAUGUAUUUGAGAUUGACCUCUGUUACACAAAUGAAAAUUUCGGGGGAUAUCCUUGGGCUGUAGUAUUAAGAUCACGGAGACAGGUUCUUCGAGGAAGAGGCAAAAGAGAGGCAGUGAGGAAUGGCUGUGAAAAUAUGUGAGUGAGCAGCAAAACACAGUACAGAUUUAGUCGAAGGAUUUUGUUGCCAUUGGGAUUUCUUUAGGAGAAAACCCCCGUUGAUUGAAAUGAAAUCAUAUAGUACAUAAGAUAAUUUCAUGUAAAGAUUAGGGUCGUCAAUCAUUCAAGAGUUAUAAAUGCGAUGAGAAAAGCUUAAUGAAACAAGCUCUCCUACUCAAUUCUGUGUUUUUGAUUUUUUUUUUUUUUUCAAAUUUAAUGAAUGGGAAAUUGUGCAAGGUGAGUUUGAAGAAACUGCAUUUGAGUUGCUUCCUCAUCCCAAAAUUUAAUGUACCUUUCCCAACUACCACUGAGCUACCUGAUCGUUAGCACUCUAAACUACUGUCG